AGGGGCGGGGUAGGGAGACCCCGGUUCCUCGACGCCGCUGCGCGUUGCGCUCGCUCCGGCUCCGCACCGCGACGCGAGGGGGCGGUGGACGCUCUCAGGCCUUCGCAGUCUCUCUCUUUCCUCUUGUCUUGCGGCGGGUUGGAGCUCGGGGUCCUCUGAAGGUCCGGAGGGCGGAGGCGCGGCCUUGGAGCCCGCGAAAAAGGCGAUGGAGCGGACGCCACGGAGGAGGUCGCGGGGCGGCGCGCGCUUGGCGCCCGCGCGGGUCCCAGCGGCCCGGCCCGCCGCGGCCCGGCCCGCGGAGCCGCGGGGCGCGGAGCUCUGGCUCUUCCCCAGCGCCGCCGGGCUCCGCGGCGCUCUGUCCCGGAGGACCGAGGCGAUGCGCCAGAUGUGCUGCACGGGCGAACGCCUGGCGGUGCUGCAGCGCGGCGGGGCCGGCGUCGAGGUCCACCAGCUGCGGGCGGGGAGCGACGGCGCCAGGAAGCCGAAGUGCAUUAAGUUAGGGAAAAAAAUGAAGAUACAUUCCGUGGACCAAGGAGCAGACCACAUGCUGGUUCUAUCCUCAGAUGGAAAACCAUUUGAGUACAACUAUAGCAUAGAACAUGCAAGGUUUCAGUGCAUUUUACAAGAAAAAAAUAUAAUUCAGAUUGCAUGUGGAGAUUAUCAUUCUCUUGCACUCUCUAAAGGUGGUGAGCUUUUUGCUUGGGGACAGAACUUAUAUGGCCAGCUUGGAGUUGGAAGAAUAUUUGCCUCAAGCCCCACACCACAGAUUGUGGAGCACCUCUCAGGAGUACCCUUGGUUCAGAUUUCUGCAGGAGAAGCCCACAGCAUGGCCUUAUCCAUGUCUGGAAAUGUUUACUCAUGGGGAAGAAAUGAUUGUGGACAGCUGGGCCUGGGCCACACCGACAAUAAAGAUUCUCCUUCCUGUGUUGAAGUGCCGGACAAUCAGAAAGUUGAGUUUCUCGCUUGUGGUGGCUCUCACACUGCCCUGCUCACGAAGGGUGGGCUGGUGUUUACUUUUGGUGCUGGAAAAUAUGGGCAACUUGGUCACAAUUCAGCACAGAAUCAGUUGAGACCCUGUUUGGUAACUGGGCUCCUGGGGAAUAGAGUGACCCAGAUAGCAUGUGGAAGGCAGCACACUCUUGCCUAUAUUUCUGAUUUGGGGAAGGUCUUUUCUUUUGGUUCUGGAAAAGAAGGACAACUGGGAAACGGUGGAACACAUAAUCAGCUGAUACCAUGUCCUAUGAAAUUGCCAUCAAAUGAAGAACUCAAAUUUGAAAGCCGUACCUCAGAAAAGGAGUUAAUAAUGAUUGCUGGAGGGGAUCAGAGCAUUUUGCUUUGGAUGGAAAAAGAGAAUUCCUAUGUUAACCUGAGGAGGAAAAUUCCUACUUUGAAUGAAGGCACUGUAAAGAGAUGGAUUGCUGAUGUGGGGACUAAACAGUGGCAAAAUGCAAAAAGGGAAAUCAGAGAGAUAUUUUCAUCUCUUGCAUGUCUGACGGGAAGUUUUCUAAAGGAAAGAAUAGCUGGAGAAACAGUGUCUGUUCAUUUGGACUUAAAUACAGCAAGGAACACCUUUGAGGAGUUAACCCAAGAGGAGUGGAUUACUAAAACGAUAACCACAUGUCUCAGGGAUACUCUGCUCAAAAAUCUUCCAUUUCGUUCUCCACACCAAGAAGCUUUAGAAGUUUUCUUCCUUCUCCCAGAAUGUCCCAUGAUGCAUGAUUGUAACAACUGGGAGAGCCUGGUGGUUCCAUUUGCAGAGGCUGUUUGUAAAAUGAGUGCCCAGUCGUCAGAAGUUCUGGAGGAAUAUUGGGCAUCUAUGCAAGAAUCUGCUUUCAUCAAACUGGUUCACAUGUUUAAAAAAGCCAUCGUUGCUCAACUGAAUUAUUGGACUGAAAGUGCUGAGAAUAACUGUCACAUUAAAGCUCUCCUAGAAAUGUUGAAAAAGCUGCACAGGGUAAACCAGACUAAACGUCAGCUGCCUGAAAAUAUCUUCACAAUAAAUGAACUCACACAGUUACUUGAUUUUUCUGAAGAUGCAUAUAAAAGGUCCUCCUGUAAAAUGAACUCAGACACUUCAGUAGACAUCCAGCAUCCUGUCAUAUUCAGUCAUUUUCCAUUUAUCUUUAAUAUUCUGUCGAAAAUUAAACUACUGUAUGCAGACUCGUUUUUACAAAUACAGAAGAAUAAACUUCGAGCUUGUAUGAACUUGGCUAGAAUUGUGGAACACGAAGGGUCUCCGUUAGCUUUUCUGGCUGCCUUUAAUCUCACAGUCAGAAGGAGUCACUUGAUUGAAGAUGUUUUGAAUCAGCUAAAUCACUUUGAGAAUGAAGAUAUGAGGAGGGAAUUGCUGAUUUCAUUUCAUGGAGAAAUUGGAUAUGAGUCUGGAGGAGUCAGGACAGAGUUUUUCCACUGUCUCUUUGAAGAGAUGACCCGGCCAGAAUAUGGGAUGUUCAUAUACCCUGAGGAGGCUUCUUGCAUGUGGUUUCCUGUCGAGCCUAAAUUUGAGAAGAAGAGUUAUUUCUUCUUUGGGGUUCUGUGUGGACUUUCCCUAUUCAAUUGCAAUGUUGCCAACAUCCCUUUCCCACUGGCUCUGUUUAAGAAACUUUUGGACCAAACACCAUCACUAGAAGACUUGAAAGAACUCAGUCCUGUUUUGGGAAGGAGUUUGCAAACACUUCUGGAUGAUGAAGGAGAUGACUUUGGAGAAGUAUUUCAUAUCCAUUUUAAUGUGCAUUGGGACAAAAAUGAUGUAGACUUAAUUCCUGAUGGAAGUCACAUAAGUGUCAACCAGACUAACAAGAGAGACUAUGUUUCUAAGUAUGUCAAUUACAUCUUCAACAUCUCUGUAAAGGAAGUUUAUGAAGAGUUUCAAAGAGGAUUUUACAGAGUGUGUGACAGGGAGAUUAUUGAAUUUUUCCAUCCUGAAGAACUCAAGGAUGUGAUUAUUGGAAAUACAGAUUACGACUGGGAAACAUUUGAAAAGAAUGCACAUUAUGGACGAGGAUACGACAAUUCACAUCCCACCAUAGUGAUGUUUUGGAAGGCUUUACACAAAUUGACUCUGGAGGAAAAGAAAAAGUUCCUUGUGUUUCUUACAGGAACUGACAGAAUUCAAGUAAAAGGUUUAAAGAACAUGAAAAUAACAUUUUGCUGUCCUGAAAAUUUGAAUGAAAAAGAUCCCCUAAGAGCACAGACAUGUUUUAGUGUCCUCUUCCUCCCUAAAUAUUCUACAAUGGAAAGAGUAGAAGAAGCACUUCAAGCAGCCAUCAACAGCAACAGAGGAUUUGGCUGACCCUACCUCACACACUCUACCCCUUUUGGGAAAUAGUUUCAAAAAUAAAAUUAGCUAAAAAAUUAACAUA